AUGAGCAAAUCGCGAUACCUACUUCCAUCCUCCACUCUCCAGAAAACCCUCACCUCCAAAAUCUCAACACUCCACUCCGAAAUAUCAAAAACGGAAGAUCUCCUCUCAAAAGCUCAGAACAAACUAAAUCCUCCAAAUACCGAAGGCGCAGACGUGAAUACAGCAGUGCGAAAGGACGCUGCUGCCAUUGUCCAGCGACAUAUCCGUCUCUUACAUGAGUACAACGAGAUCAAGGAUAUUGGGCAGGGAUUGAUGGGAUUGAUUGCGGAGGCGAGGGGCGUGAGACAUGUAGAAGUGCAACGGGAUUUUGGUAUUGGAGACGGAGAUUGA